AUGGAAUUUCGGUUGCACUCAUCGACUAGCUUUGCUGUUUAUUUGAAUGAUCAGAUCAUUUUGGAGCAUAGCCAUGAACAUUCUCUGUUUCAUGUUGGUACAUCUCAAUCAAUAUACAAAAUGCAUCUUGGACAUUUUCUCAUCGAUCAUAAAACAGAAAAGAAAGUCAACCUUCAGAUACAGAGUAUAGAGGAACUAAGUGCGUCUAACAUGUAUGAAAUUCUCUUUGCCGAUGAAAGUAAAUCGUAUCAACUUCAAGUGAGAUUUAUUUUAAACUCAAAUGGUUUACAAAUCGAAUUUCCCUCGUCAACUGUCUCAGAGUACAUUCGUUCAGUUAUCGAAGCAGACAAACCACUAGAACGUCAUCCAACAACGUUAGAUGAUAGUGAUAUGACAAAUCUAUGGAUUGCAAUAGAUGCCCUGCCAUUCGACCAAGAAAGUAUACGAGGCGCCGGUCUUCAGUUUACAGAUGGUGACCUUCGACAAAAGAUCUUACCCAUUUGGGUGUCCGAAUGGUAUCAUGAGCACUUACACCCGAAUAAUCACACGGCUGAUCGUCCUACUGAACAUACAACUUACCAUCCGCAGCCAACUUUCGUAUCUUCACGUGGUUAUACAUUUUGUGCAUAUGGAUCUGCUUACGCGCAAUUCGAUUUUUCUCAUGCCGAUGUUCAUCAGUUAUAUUUCGCUGCGAUACCAUAUCGAUUAGAAUUACGACUGACGCCAUCACCGCCGAUUCAAUAUCCAUCAUUGCCGGAAUGGUUACAAGAUGGAAUCAUCUUAGGGAUGCAAGGAGGCACGAAUGCUGUCGACGAAAAAUUACGCAAGAUGCAUGAAGCUGGAACAUACAUUGCUGGUGUGUGGGCACAGGAUUGGUGCGGAAAACGAAUAACAUCAUUUGGUAAACGCGUUUUCUGGAAUUGGCAAUGGAAUGAAAAUUGGUAUCCGAAUCUGAAGGAAAAAAUUGUCGAAUGGCAACAUCUCUAUCGGGGCUGUCGAUUUCUUGCCUACAUCAAUCCGUACAUUGCAGCCGAUGGUUCUCUAUUUCAAGAAGCGAAUGAAAAGAAAUUUCUCGUGAGACAUCUUCAGCCCGCUGAUGCCGUUUAUGUAAUUGAUUUUGGCGAAUUCAAUGGGGCAAUCGUUGAUCUGACAAAUCCCGAGGCGUUUAAAUGGUAUAAGAAUGUAAUACGUCGAAAUCUACUAGAUUUAGGAAUAUCGGGUUGGAUGGCAGAUUUCGGUGAAUAUCUUCCAUGCGAUGUUCAUGUAUAUGCGAACAUUCCUGGUGCCUUAGUUCAUAACUUGUGGCCUAUACUUUGGGCACGAUGUAAUUACGAGGCGAUCCGAGACGCAGGAAAAUCGAAUGAAGUCGUUUUCUUUAUGCGUAGUGGUUACUUGAACGUUCAGCGGUAUUGUCCUCUGUUCUGGACAGGUGAUCAAGUAGUUAAUUUUUCACACGAUGCCGGCCUCUCAGUUGGAAUUCGCUCGUCACUGUCAUUAUCACUGAGUCAUGUUUUGGCUGUUCACAUGGACAUUGGCGGUUAUUUCGGUCGAACUAUCGGACGUACUCGUGAAGUUCUUCUACGCUGGUGCGAAAUCGCCGCUUUCAAUGUCAUUAUGCGAACACAUGAAGGGAAUCGACCAUUAUCAAAUACUCAAUUCGAUAGCGAUCAAUUUUGUAUAAAAUUUUUUGCUCGGAUGAGUCGAAUACAUGCUCAUCUCAAACCCUAUUCAUUACAUGUUAUUCAAGAAGCUUCUCGUCAAGGAAAAUCGUGUAUUACUCCACAUACAGAACUACAAUAUUUCUUCGGUAAAGAUCUUCUCAUUGCUCCUGUCGUCGAUGCUGAAGUCAAUACAUUAACAGUCACGAUUCCCGACGGUCAAUGGGUACAUCUAUGGACAAGAAAAGCUUAUGACAAGCAUCAAUGCGAAAUUGAAGUGCCACUUGGGCAACCGGCUGUUUUCUAUCGUUCGACAGGCGAAUGGACAUCACUCUUUGAGCAAAUACAUCUUUUCUAG